CCUGGUAUAGUUGUGCUGACGAGUAGCUCACUCCUUUUGCGCCUCUAGAAGUACAUCAUCGAUACAGACGAUCACAGAAGGACCUGAUCGCCACGGAGGCUUUGCGUAUGGAGCUCGCAUGUAAGCUAAUGACGCCAUUCGCGAUGCGACAGAGUUGGAGUACAUUCGAGUUGGGAACCACGAGGGAUAGGAAUACGAGUUUCCACAUAGACGAAUGCUAGUUCUUCUGGCCGAAUCCGAUUAUUUCACAAACUGCUUGCGAAUGUCCGAGGACUUUGUCUAGAAAUGACCAUCGGAACUUCAUAUCUGGUUGCACUUAACACACGAACUUGGUCUUGCGGUUCUUGCACUUGCGUAAAGGCUGAGUGAGUCAGGAAGAUUGUUUUGCCUCGUCACUCUCCUUCGCCUUCCAUGUCUCGUUUAAACCUGUUCAAAUAGUCUGGCUUCAAGUCGAAUAUCCGAGUUUUUUCGUUUAAGACUCGAUUUGACUCGCCGAAACUUGUAGACCGAUUCUGAAUCGAGUUCCUGUCGAGUUCCCAACCUUAGCCGCAUGUUUUUCUUCACGCGUGUUGAAGCGCCAAAUAGGCAAGCUCGCCACCAGGUUUUCGCGCUCCCAAGAUAUCUUAGCUUUCCCACAAGAUUCCUCGUACGAGCAGCACUUUAAUCUCUCGGCUGAUGCUAUUGUACGAGCAGCUAGUUGUCAAAUCCCCCUUCCCCUCGGAUCCCCCUUUGAAUUCCCUUUUAAUUCCCUCUGAAUCUCCUUCAGAUCGCCUCUAAUCCCCUUCUAUCUUCCUUCAAAUGCCCCUCAAAUUCUUCGUCGAAUCUUUUGUCAAGUCCGAGUCUAGUGAGUCGAGUCCAACCGAUUCUUGGGCCCCAGGCCACCCUUAACUUGAGGGUUCUGGACUUGGACUCGUUGAACAGGUCUAGUCUCGUUGCAUAUCAACCAGAUUGCACCCAUAAGCUCCCCCCUCCCCGUUCUUUAUUUCAGCUCGAAUCCCGACCACAUCUGAUUCGAUUGAAGAUUUUCUCGAUCCUGGGGGUCAUACUUAUUCUUGGAUUUGAGGAUUCGGAUUAGUUAGUCAUUCCCAGUUUCCCCUCUCGCCAGUCGUCUCUUAUCCCACUGUCCGGUUUCCCCCUUCCCAAUGCAUCCGCUUUUCCAUUUCUUUCUCCCUUUUCCUACCCGUUUUCCCCCUCUCCUUCAGCUUUCUCUCAAGCAUAAGUGCUCUCAAGGGUCUGGACGACAGUCACUGUCGUUUUCCUCGCGGAGCACAAUGGACAGAGAUCUACCAGAAAAGCGAGUUACGCGAGCUAGCUCGAAACGUGCUGCUGCAAGUUGCAGUCAGAAUCUCGCUCCUCCUGGUGGCGACGUUGGACCCAAUCUUGCGAGUCCUACGGACAUGCGCAACAACUCCGAGCGGGUAGAACGGUCUUGUUCAAACAAAUAUGGCACGAACGUGUUCUUCCUAGAUGGAAAGCAAAGGGUGGUUGAGUUUACAGUGUCCACAACAGUUGGUGACGUUCUAAAUGGUGUGGCCAGCACUGUCAGCGUGGAGAAGUUUCCAACCUUGGCGCUGUAUCUACAGAGGUACCGCGCCCCCGAUGCGCGCGAUGCACUUUCAACAAGUGAUUAUGUGAGGAUUGAUGAGAAGACCUUGAUGGCGGAUGUGGUGACGGACGUGGCAGGCGUUAGGCAGAGGAGCAAUGGACGAGUGCGGGCAAGACUAUUAUUUCACCAGAAAUUCUCUGGAGUAACCGAUGGGACUAUGACCGAUUUCGUCUUCCUUUAUCUCACAUACACCCAUAUGGAGCAAUUGCGGCAGCAAGCGUUUGUUGGGAGGGACGAGUUGAUGGGGGUGGUGCAGCAGACCUGGAAGGUGGAGGAGCGAUUGCAGGCGGCGGUGAAGGAGAAGGAAGCGCUGCUGGAGCGAUCCAAGGAGGAAACCGCGAGAGUGCAGAGUGAGCUGAAGGCAUUGCAAGAGAGUACGGCUGCAGAGAGGAGUGCGCUGGAGGCCAAGGUGCGGCAGGAGGAGGAGUUGAGGAAGACGGAGACUCAGGUCGCGGCGAGCGAGAGGCAGGCAUGGGAGGCGAGGCUUGGGGACCUCGAGCAUGCCAAGGCGGAGGAGGUAGAGCAGCUGCAGCGGCGUGCUGGUGCGGAGAUGCGUGGGCAGGCAGAUGCGCUGGAGCAGAGCCAGCAGGUGGUGGCGCAACUGCAGGAGCAGGUGCGGCAGAGUGAGGGGCUGCUGGAGCGCUCCUCAGAGCAGACCUCCGAGGCGCGCAGUGCGGUGGAGCGUUCGGCUGCGGAGUCGCGUCGGCUGGCUGAGGCACUGAAGCAGAGCCAGCUGGUGGUGGCGCAACUGGAUGCGCAGUUGAAGAUGAAGGAUGCGCAUCUAGAGCAGCAGACAAGGGCAUGGGAGCAAGAGAGGAGCGAGGCAGCGGCAGAAAUAGCAAGGGCAGUCAGCAGAGCACUGGUGGAGAAGGUGGGAGAUGUUGAGGCACAGCACGGCGCCCUCGAGAGCGCCCUCGCUGCCAAGGAGGCUGUCUGGGCCGAUGAUCGGAGGGCGUUUCUUGAGUCCAUUGAGCGCCUGCAGCGCCAGGAGGUGGAGGCGAAGCAUCUCCAGGGGCAGGCGGAGGCUGGGCAGGAGCAGGCGCUGCAGGAACGCUCCAGGGUGCAGAGCGAGGUGAGAUUUUCACCCUUGCGAUAUGGAGGAGGUGCGGCGACAGGUGAGGAGAGGGAGAAGGCGGAGGCAGGGCUGCAGGAGGCACUGAAGGAGAAGGAGCAGCAGUUGGAGCGGUCGGUGGAGGAGGCUUCAAGAGUGCGCAGUGAGGUGGAGCGGCUGCAGCAGCAGGCGUCUGCCAGUGGGAACUAUUUAAUGGAGGUGGUGCAGCAGAGCUGGGAGGUGGAGGAGCGGUUGCAGGCGGCGGUGAGGGAGAAGGAAGUGCUCCAGAAUCGCUCCCAGGAGGACACCGCCAGGGCGCAGAGUGAGAGGCAGGGGCUGCGGCAGCACGCGGACGCGCUUACUACGAGGGUGGAGGAGAGCCGCAGGGUCGAGGCUCAGCUGAGGCAGGAGUUGGCGAACGAGAAGCAGCUGAGGGGAGGGGCGGAGGAGAGGGAGGCGCAGCUGAAGGGUGCGGUGGAGAAGGAGGCGGUGCUGAGAAGAGAGGCGGAGGAGAGGGAGACGCAGCUGAAGGGUGCAGUGGAGAAGGAGAUGGUGCUGAGAAGAGAGGCGGAGGAGAGGGAGACGCAGCUGAAGGGUGCAGUGGAGAAGGAGAUGGUGCUGAGAAGAGAGGCGGAGGAGAGGGAGACGCAGCUGAAGGGUGCGGUGGAGAAGGAGAUGGUGCUGAGAAGAGAGGCGGAGGAGAGGGAGACGCAGCUGAAGGGUGCGGUGGAGAAGGAGGCGGUGCUGAGGAGAGAGGCGGAGGAGAGGGAGACGCAGCUGAAGGGUGCGGUGGAGAAGGAGAUGGUGCUGAGAAGAGAGGCGGAGGAGAGGGAGACGCAGCUGAAGGGUGCAGUGGAGAAGGAGAUGGUGCUGAGAAGAGAGGCGGAGGAGAGGGAGACGCAGCUGAAGGGUGCAGUGGAGAAGGAGAUGGUGCUGAGAAGAGAGGCGGAGGAGAGGGAGACGCAGCUGAAGGGUGCAGUGGAGAAGGAGAUGGUGCUGAGAAGAGAGGCGGAGGAGAGGGAGACGCAGCUGAAGGGUGCGGUGGAGAAGGAGGCGGUGCUGAGGAGAGAGGCGGAGGAGAGGGAGACGCAGCUGAAGGGUGCAGUGGAGAAGGAGAUGGUGCUGAGAAGAGAGGCGGAGGAGAGGGAGACGCAGCUGAAGGGUGCGGUGGAGAAGGAGGCGGUGCUGAGGAGAGAGGCGGAGGAGAGGGAGACGCAGCUGAAGGGUGCAGUGGAGAAGGAGAUGGUGCUGAGAAGAGAGGCGGAGGAGAGGGAGACGCAGCUGAAGGGUGCAGUGGAGAAGGAGAUGGUGCUGAGAAGAGAGGCGGAGGAGAGGGAGACGACACUACAGGAGGAGUUGAGUGGGAAGGAGGUGCAGCUAAGGUCAGAGGUGGAAGGGAAGGCGGUGCUGCUGGCGGCGGCUUCCGCGGCGCAGCGUGAACUCGAGGAGCUUCGGGAGAAGCUGAGCAAGUUGCAGAGGGAAGCGCUGGAGCGGACGCGUGCAGCUGAGGAAGCGGGGCAGAAGUGGGAGGUGAAGCGCCUUGAAGUCGAGCUAGAGAAUGUUAGAAAGCUCGAUGAGGUUCAGAAGGAGCUGAGCAACACGCGGAGGGAGCUGAGCAACGCACGGGGUGAAGCACUUGAGCAAGCAGGGGCAGCUGGGAAAGAGAAGGAAGCGUUGCUGGAGGAGCUUUGGGGUCUCAGGCUCAAAAUGAAAAGCAAGGAGUUGGCGGUGGCGAAAGAAACGGCUGAAGCGAGGGCAGCAGAAGGAAUGGCAGCAGGGGCUGUGGUGGCAAGCCUCGAAAGGGCGGUGAAGGAGGCAGAACGGUUGGAAGUGGAGUUAAAGGCCUCCAAGAGUUUAGCUGCACAGUACAAGGCAGACAAGGAGGAAUUGGAGCGGGUGUUACAGCAAGAGAGAGCAUCAGCAGCCAAAGCGGAGGAGCUUAGAGGCCAGCUGAGGGAGGCAACAUGUUCCGCAGAAGCUCUGGCAACCCGUGGAAUGGCAGAGGCAACGCUGAGGGAGGAGUUAGAGGAGAAGGAGGCGGAUCUACAGAAGUUUCGCAAGCAAGUGGAGGAGUUGCGUGCAUCGGAGAAGCGGCUCGACGUUAAGGUCAAGGACCUGGAGAAGCAGUACAACGAAGAGGUUUCGAAGCGGAGGAAGCUCCAAGACUCAAUGGGGAGCAUUCGCGGAAUUGUACGGUGCCGCCCGCUGAGUGCUGAGGAGGAGAGUACUGGGCACAUGCCGGUAGUCACGUGCUCGGAUAAGUUCACAGUGGAGCACUCGGGGAAAGAUGGAGAGCUAAAGAGCCAUCCCUUUUACCGCGUAUAUGAUCCAACCGCCACCCAAGCCAACGUUUUCGAGAGCGUUGAGGACCUUGUGGAAGCAUCGCUGGACGGAUUCAACGCCUGCAUCCUCGCGUAUGGACAGACUGGGAGCGGCAAGACCUACACCAUGUGUGGGAAUGAGGCACAGCCCGGCCUCAUUCCACUUGCUGUUCGCAAGAUCUUCAACAGUCGUGAUAAGAGCCCUGCCCAUGUGACCAUCGAGGUGCAGGUAUGUAUGCUGGAGCUCUACCUCAAGGAUGUGCUCGACCUGCUGGACCCCAAGGACCCCAAGAACCCAGCGGGCAUCAGUGUGACCGGAAAGAGGCAGGUGAAUCUGAAAAACGUCACUCUAUUUCCAGUGGAAAGCGCGUCAAGGCUGGAGCAGUUGAUUCAAGAGGGAAUUGGGAGGCGGCAAGUGGACGGAACGGAAAUGAAUGCCGCAAGCUCGCGCUCGCACAUGCUACUAAGCAUUGUUAUUAAAACCUACAACAAUUUAACGAAGAGGACCCACACGGGGAAGCUCUCUUUUGUGGACCUCGCCGGGUCCGAAAGUCUCAAGGCGUCGGGAGCACAGGGGAAGCUGGUAACGGAGACCACACACAUCAACUCGGGGCUGUCGUUCCUGAAUCUAGUCAUUCUGGCGCUGAAGAACGGAUACAGCCACAUCCCCUACGGCAACGACAAUCUCACAAGGGUGUUGGCAGAUUCUUUGGGCGGAAACUCAAAGACGCUGAUGAUUGUCAACAUUUCACCAUCCAACAAAUACCUUGAGGAGACAGAGAAGUCGCUAAGUUAUGGCGUUCUUGCGCAAUGCAUCAUCAAUACGGCAAGCAGGAACGUGGGAGCCACAAAGAAGUGACUUCGCUAAGACAGUUCGAGGCAGGUUGGGCUCCAUGUACAUAUACCCACCACACCCUCUUCAGUGUACAGAUAGUAGACUAGUUAGUAUGUGCCAGGGAGAAAUCAAUAAUUAUAUCUGCUGAUUGAGUGGUACACAUAGUUAUAAAAUAACCAAGGUUGGCAGUCGCUGAUCAUAUCAUAAAGCAUGCUGACCUGGCACAUGGGAAUGUUUUCUGGAUGUAUUG